GGGCCAUGAGUGUGGGAGGCACCUUGGGGAGGCCUAAAGUCUGACUUUUCCCUUCCCGACCCUGCCUUCCAAAAGCUCUCACGUUAGGAACUGUUAUCCAGCAGCCUUAAGUUCUAUAGUGCUGAUACAGCUAGAAACAUUUCCCUUCGAUCAUUUCCACAUGUUGUUUCUGAAUGUCAGGGAAGUCUUGCUGCCAUUUCAUCUUUUUUUUUAAGUAUGGUGUUAAAAACUAUUUGCAGAAUGCUAGAUCCAGUUUUGACGUUGAUCAGGAUAGAGGUAUUAACUAUGCACAUCCUGUAGCUUUCACUCUAAUACAACUUGGUAUGUUGCUGUUUGCUACAGCACAGUGGAAGUACUGACUCUUGCAGUGUGGGGACCUCUAUAACCUUGUGCUGUAUUUUACAUAGCUGCACACCAGCAAUUACUCCUGAUUUGGCAGUUUGCUCAGUUGUUUAUUCCUACUUCACAGCAGUAUCCUGCUCUUCUCUUCUUGAGAAUUCUCUUAGUACGUUUUUGAGAACCCCUUCACAUUUCAUGUCUAAACUUUCUUGAGAGCUGACUUGGGAUUAUGUUCUAUCACCUGGAUCAGAGGGUUUUGUUACUCUUACAUACAAGAAGGGAUGUUUGUGGAAAGAGAAAAAAAAUGUUUAAAGCAGUAAGGUUUCACUGUUCCUCACAGGGGAAAAAAAAAAAAGAGGUACUUUUGAGGAUGACUUUCGUUACUAUUGAUAGUAGUAAGACUUUGUUCAGUUUGGGGUUGACUUUCAUCUUCCUUAACUGUCUGUUAGAGACAACAAUACAAAAAUAUGUCUUUGGACAUGAUCUGAAUUCUGUCUUUUCUGAGAGCAUCUAGUACUUGAACUUCCACCCUGGGAUUCUGCUGUCAUCUUGUUUGCUGUGUUUAUCAGCAAGAAAGGAAGUGACUGUUCAGACUAAUUAAAGUAUGUUGAGGUCAUCUGCACUGAUAAAAGUAAAACCAAACCUUAAACUGUAUGAAAGUUUUGGCAUUUUGCUUAGUACUGGCUUCUGUUUGUGGCCUUUCAGCUCAAAAGAAAUGCAUCCUUAUCUAGAAGGUUUGUAAUGGGAGCUGAAGCUGAAAAAAGAAUGUGAAGGUCAUAGGCAAAGGGAAGAGAGAGGACAGAUAAAGGGAGGUUUUUUUGAGUAACUUUGGGCCCAAAAGAGAAAAGGAGUCAGGCUGUUAGUACGUGGUUUAUUUAAAAAUAAAAUAAAAAAAACUUUAACUUUUUAAAAAGCAUGAGAGUAGCUACUUCUUUAUGUCUUUGUCUUUAGUUCAGUACACACUUAGAGUGUGAAAAAUCUUAGUCUUGGGGAAGGGAGAAGAGUUGGGUGAGCUCGGCUGAGUGCUGCAGCCCAGAGGUGAGCUGUGUUGGCAGGAUGCAUCGUGCUGGGUCUGGCUCCCCCUCCCCAUGCAGCUCCUACAGCACUGGGCUCUGCGCCUCUGCCUGCAGCAGCCUUGAUACUGUGGCAUGUUUUGAUAGUUGGUGCUGGCACAGCAUGGAGGCUUUCUUCAGCUCCCCCAGAGCUAGCAGGCAGGAGGAAGCAAGAGAAUCUCAUGCAGCAAUGGGUCAAGAGGCUGGCAAACCUGCAUGGCCAAAACCAACAGGAGGGUAUCAGACUAUUACAGGUAGAAGAUAUGGAAGAAGGCAUGCUUAUGUCAGUUUUAGACCAUCUUUGAAUAGUCAAGAUGGAAAUCAACACCAACACAAUGGAGAAUAUGAAGGAUUAGAAUUGAGUGAUGUUCAGGAACAGAUUUCUUUAUGUUCUGGGCCAUUGGUUCAAGUUUCUCCAGGUUUAUUGGAUGAGCCUCUGUUAGAAAAUAUUGGAACUGGAGACUCCGUUUGCCAAGCUGUGUUCAGGCAGACUUCUGAGGCAAACCCUUCACCAUUUUCUUAUGGUACAGAAGGCAGCCAAAUCUCAGGGAAUGUUAUGAACCCUGAUAAAAAUUCAGAGGACCUGGCCAAAUAUGCUUCUGGAGAGUGUGAUGAUUUGAAUGGUUGCAGUGGAAUUGCUUUUGUAAACAUUGACUCUUAUGAGCCAGAUAGCAGUGAUGGAGAAGAUGAUGACGGUGAUGGUCAAGACCAACUUUGCUUGGUGAGAGAAGAAGCAGGUGUACUUCAGGAAACACUAGAUAACAUAGUUUCUGAGUUAGAAAAGGAUGUAGAAUCUCUUACGCAUUUACGGUCCCAAUUAUCUACUCUCAAUGACAGAGUUUCUAGAGAAUGUUGUGAGGAAAUAGGACCAAUGCCCUUAACGAGAUAUUUUAGCACAGAUUCAGAAUUUACCCAUCAAAACAAUGGGACGUAUAAAAAAUCUGCUGAAGAUCAAGCCAUACUGAAAAGUAACCUGAGUGGUGCCAGCCAUGAAACGCAAUUGGUAGACACAGUGCACAUAGAAAACAGGACCUGUGUAACAACUUGUAACGAAGUAAAUAUCAAUGAUGGGGAGACUGAACAAGGAGAUUCACCUGAACUAAUAGUGAGACCUAAGAUAAGAAAACUAAACCCCACAAGCCAUUUGGACAGAGAGAAGCUUCCAAGUAAUAAUGAAGAAGAAUGCAGUUCUAGGAGGGAAGGUGAAAUUGAUGAAAUCGAGCAAGGCUGUGCUGAGUUUCCCUUCAGAAAUGACAAAGAAAAAUUGAGCUCCAGUAUGUUAUUUGAUUCCAAGUGGUACAGUGGUUCUCAAAGCAACACAAAAGUAGACCUAAGGAGAAAUACAUCAGCUCAAGAACAAAAAGAUGUGCUAGAUGAUAGCAGUUUCUGGGAUGAGUUUGAAGACUGCAGCAGACGCUUAGCAGUGUCCCACAGAGAUGAAGACAGCUCAGAAUGUAGUGAUGGAGAGUGGCCUGCAACUGGGCCUAUCUAUUUUGCUGCUGCAGAAAAAGACCAGUCUUCAAGUGAUGAGAGCUGGGAGACGGUCCCAGGCAAGGAGGAACAUGAAGCAGAAGUGCUGAGCAGCAGCAAUGGGAUAGAAGUGAAUGCAGACCCUUGUUUCCAUGGAGGGGUGCAAACAUUUUUGGAGGAAGGAGAAAUUCCAUGGUUACAGUAUCAUGAAGAAAUAGAGAGUAGCAGUGAUGAAGAAAACGAUCCAUCUAGUGAUUUUGUGCAUCCUGGGUUCUUUAUGUUGGAUGGAAACAACAAUCUUGAGGAUGACUCCAGUAUGAGUGAGGACCUGGAUGUGGAGUGGAGGUUACUGGAUGAGUUUGGUGACGGACUCGGAGUUGCUCAAGUCAUUUCUUAUGUGGACCCUCAGUUUUUCACAUAUAUGGCACUAGAGGAGCGCUUAGCACAAGCUAUGGAGAAUGCUCUGGCACAUUUGGAGUCUCUUGCAGUUGAUGUUGAACAGGCCCAUCCACCAGCUACUAAAGAAAGCAUAGAUUGUCUACCACAGAUUAUCGUCACUGAUGACCAUGAUGGUCAAGAACAGUGCUGUACUAUAUGUUGCAGUGAAUAUGUAAAAGAUGAGGUCAUAACAGAGCUACCCUGUCAUCAUUUGUUUCAUAAGCCUUGUGUCACUCUUUGGUUACAGAAGUCAGGAACAUGUCCUGUUUGUCGCCAUGUGCUUGCUCCCAUGCUUCCUGAAGCAGCUGCUGCCACAGCAUCCUUUCUACCUGAUGAUGAUUCUUCAUCUUCUGUUUAGAAUGUUACAGGAGCUCCCAGCUAGGGUCUGAAAUGAAAAUUCUACUGCCAAAAUAAAUGUUAAUUGUGUUUAAUUACAAUGUGAAAAAAAUAUAUGUAAAAUACCUUGUAUAUUAUAUGUUUCAGUUUUGAAAGAAGAUGCAAGAAUUUUUCAACUGAUUAGGUUUACAAUAGUUUCUAGCUUUCAAUUUGAAAAUUUAAAAAUGUGCACCCUUUUUUCAUUUUUCCGAGUAAUAUUGCUGGUAACUAGAAUGUCUAAAGCUUGUAUUAUGUUAAAUUUGUCUAAGAAGAUAAUAUGGCACUUUGUGUUUGCAUUCUCACAACUGCAGUGCAGUUGCAUCUUACUGAAGUUAUGCUUAUAGAUUCUUGUAUAACUGAACUAUUUGCCAAUGAGUAACUGUAAUUUUUCUUUUGUUUACAUCAGCUAUAAAGACAUUUUGUGAUGACAGCAGUACAAUUUGCUUUCACUGGAAAUGCAAUGGAACAAUUUCUCAGUUUUAUUCCAUAUUAAACUUUUCUGGCAUCAGAAGUGCUGUUAGAUUACUGUUGUCUGGGCUUUUUUACAAACGCUUUUACCAAUUUUAAGUCUAAGUCCUGAAUGAACUUUGGACUGUAUGAACUUUGGAACUUCAACAUUUGAUAUUCCGAGUUUCUAAGAAGUUGAAUCUGUAACAUCUGGGCAGCUGGUUCUUUUGAGUUUUGUUUAAAUACCAUUCUGCUGAAUAGACCUCCUUUACUUUCUCCUCCUUGCACGUAUAUUCUCUCUCUUCUAGAUAUAUUUAUUUUUAUAUAUAUGUCAGGGAGGGAUUGCUUUCCUAACGCAGAUAUAAUUAAAAUAUUUUUGUCUCUUGGAGUCUUGAAGUCUGAACAAGGUAGUUAGAACCUUGUGCACUUAGUUGAAAACUAUAUUUGAAUACGUGGGUGUUAGGAUAACUAUUAUUAUUUCAGAAUUUUAAGAAUGAAUGUUUCUGGUGUUUGCACUUGUUGCAGUGGGUUAUGCUACAUAGAGUAUUUUAAAGGGGAAAAGACUAAUUUCUAAAAUGUAUUUCUCUAGUUAAUAUUCUGUGUCCCUUAAAGGUUUCUCUUGUGCUGAAAUUAGUCUUAGAGCACAGAAAAUUAAGAUUUGGGUUUGUGUAUCUGUAUUAAUGGUUGUGCAGUCCUACACUGUUGGAGCAUGGGGAUAAUAUGCAAGGAACCAAAUCCAAGCACUCUUAAAAUUACUUGCUUCCAGUAACUACUAGUUAAGCUCAUGGAAAGCUUAAUGUGAUGACUGAAAAUGAGUGGUGAUUGAAAAAAUAAGGCUAAAGCAGCUCUCAGCUACAUGGUUAUGGUUUUUGCUGCCAUAAUAGCCUCAUCUUUACAAAUAUUAAUAUGUUCUUUGAAUAAUGGUGUAAGACAGUAAUAUUUGUUUUUGAGAGACAUACUGAAUAGUGUGAGUUACUUUACAGUGUACUUUGUGGACUGCGACAGAACAAAGAAUUGCUGGCUGUUGCCGUAAAUCUAUUUCUGAGAUUUUUUUUUUUUCAGAUUUUGCAUUACUAAAUGUGAGUACAAGGAAGUAAGAACAAUAGGGUGUUGGUGAAAAGUGGUGGAAGUGUGGUUAGCACAGCUCCUUACAAGUUCAUUUUUCUGCAGUAGAACUCAAAGCUGACAUCAGCAGGAUUUUGAAAAACGUGACAAGGAACAUACACUACAGGUAUACUCACUGAGACAAUUCAUACUAAUCCAAGAAGCACUAUAAUUUUCCAUAGCUCAUUUAUAAAUCAGUGCUGGGGAGAAUGCCCAUCGAUUGCUCCUCAUGGCAAAUGCUACAACAGGUAUUUUAACCAGCCUGUAUUACGUUUCUUUCCUGAACUGCACAGUAUGCUGUCCCUCAUUUAAUCCUUUAAGAACCGUGUUUUGUAAAGAGGAUUACUUUUAGAUUCUGAGGCAAGAUUUGGAAGCACUCUUGCUUGUAGCUUUUGAUUCCAGACUUAACCAGGAAUGUCAAGAGCUAAGACAGAAGCAGCUGCUGGGCUUUUUUUUUCCUCCUUAUCUGCUACUGGCCUCAGUUCUGCUUACUAUUUCUAAACAGAUGAUGAACAGUCGUCUAAGAAGAGCGUUAAAGCUUUUCUUUCUUUUUUCCCCCUUUACCUGGAACGUUGAUGGGUUAUUCAUAGAUCUUUCUUGGUACCUCAACUGUACCAAGGCACCGAGGUGUCUGUGAAAUUAUAUGCCAGGUUCAGCAAUUGUUCAGCAAUACCUAAGAAGAGUUGAAUGAUCAUAUUCUUUUGGAUCAUGUUCAAAUGCUUGUUGUGAUUUAGUUUUUUUUGGUAAAUGAAACUGCAUCAGAUUGCUGUGCAGAUUCAGUGGUAGAAUCAGUUCAAGUAGGCCUGAUCCUUUAGAACACCUUAAAGUGUAAUGUUUUCCUAGAACAAUAAAAAUUAAAGAACAAAAAUUAGCUCAAAGGGAACAUUCUGGGCAUUCUCCUAGCUACAAAAAGAAAAUCUUUUUCCCCCAUUAAAUAAAAUCAAGCAUUCAACAAGAAGGAAGAGGAAAAUGUGGAAAAGUAAGUCUGCUAAAAUGAGGGCUUGUAUCAUCUCUUCAUGUACUAGUAAACUGGAUGUGUCUUAAGUCCAAAGGAGAACAUAAAAGGGGAUAGACAAAUUACCUACUUUGAAUAAUGUUUAAGUAUUACAUACGUUCUUGUGAAAAAUGUGUUUCUGGUAAACUACAUGAUGUAAAAUGAAUGCUUUUUAAUAUGUAAUAAAACAUUUUCAUUGCAAAGUUAAAA